CCCAAAGGAAUAGACAAGAAGAGAAGCUGUAGAGGGAGAGAACAGAGAGGCCUCCAACUGAACAGAUGUUUGUCAGGAUGUUGGUGCUCCGUGUUCUGCUGCUAAUCGCCCUGGUGGGGAAGGCAGUCGUCGGGCUGUCACUGAUGUCCUUCAUCGCGCCCCCAGACCCAGAUUGGACUCCCGAUGACUAUUACUACAGCUACGAGCACUCCAGCCCAGACAAAGACCCCAGUGCCACGGCAACCUCCCCCGAGAACCCCGACUGGUACUAUGAAGAUGAUGAUCCAUGCCAGUCCAACCCCUGUGAACACGGCGGGGACUGUAUCAUCAGAGGAGAUACCUUCAGCUGCAACUGUCCAGCCCCCUUCUCUGGGAGCCGGUGUCAGACUGCCCAAAACAAGUGCAAGGACAACCCGUGUGUCCAUGGUGAUUGCCUCAUUACCCAGAAGCCUCCCUACUACCGCUGUGCCUGCAAAUACCCUUACACGGGGCCAGACUGCUCCAAAGUGCUUCCAGCGUGCAGACCAAAUCCCUGCCACAAUGGCGGGGUCUGUUCCCGACACAGACGGAGGUCCAGGUUUAGCUGUGCCUGUCCGGACGAGUAUAAGGGGAGAUUCUGUGAAAUAGGUCCGGACGACUGUUAUGUCGGUGACGGCUACUCGUACCGAGGCAAAGUGAGUAGGACAGUCAACCAGAACCCAUGCCUUUACUGGAGCUCCCACCUCCUCUUGCAGGAGAAUUACAACGUGUUCAUGGAGGACGCCGAGACCCACGGGAUCGCAGAUCACAACUUCUGCAGAAACCCAGAUGGAGACCACAAACCCUGGUGUUUCGUCAAGGUGAACAGUGAGAAGGUGAAAUGGGAAUACUGUGAUGUCACAGUCUGUCCAGUGCCUGACAGUCCUAACCCAGUGGAAAGCCUUGUGGCACCUGUGAUGGAGAUGCCAGGGUUUGACUCCUGUGGGAAGACGGAGAUAGCUGAACGCACAGUCAAGCGUAUCUACGGGGGCUUUAAGAGCACGGCGGGCAAGCACCCGUGGCAGGUGUCCCUGCAGACCUCACUGCCACUGACCACCUCCAUGCCCCAAGGCCACUUCUGUGGGGGUUCCCUGAUCCACCCCUGCUGGGUGCUCACUGCAGCCCACUGUACUGACAUGAACCCCAAGCAUCUAAAAGUUGUACUAGGGGACCAGGACCUGAAGAAGACAGAAUCCCAUGAGCAGACCUUCAGGGUGGAAAAGAUACUGAAGUACAGUCAGUAUAAUGAAAGAGAUGAGAUUCCCCACAAUGACAUUGCUUUGCUCAAGUUAAAGCCAGUGGGUGGGCACUGUGCUCUGGAAUCCAAAUACGUGAAGACCAUAUGUUUGCCCAGUGACCCCUUUCCCUCUGGAACUGAGUGCCACAUCUCUGGCUGGGGCAUAACAGAAACAGGGGAAGGAUCCCGCCAGCUCCUGGAUGCCAAAGUCAAGCUGAUCGCCAACCCUUUGUGCAACUCCCGCCAACUCUAUGACCACACAAUCGAUGACAGUAUGAUUUGUGCAGGGAACCUUCAGAAGCCUGGAUCAGACACCUGCCAGGGUGACUCGGGGGGCCCUCUAACCUGUGAGAAGGAUGGAACUUACUACAUCUAUGGGAUUGUAAGCUGGGGCCAGGAGUGUGGGAAGAAACCAGGAGUCUACACUCAAGUCACCAAGUUCCUGAAUUGGAUAAAGACCACCAUGCACAGGGAGACUGGCCUCUGAGGGGCUGUCUGCAGAGCACCAAACAAGAGGGGCUUCCUGUGUAGCCAGGGAUGCCCUGGGUCCAUGCUCUAGACAGAGGCAUCGCUGCCCAGCCUGGGCCUUUCCAGACUGGCACUAUACCAUUUCAUGAGGUCCACUCUGUCCUUCCCUCUCUGGGAGCCAACAAGAAAUAAAUUACCUUUGCCCCGCUUCCGGCGAGUGUACCUUCUAGAAAACCAGAAUUCAGAGAUGUUCUUCGCCACGGAGUCCUGCAAAUCUGAGCUCCCGGCUUGCCCAGCACCAGGGGAUGCUACCUUGACUCUUACUCUUCUGCCCACACCAUCAGGGUCCUCCACAGAACCAGCCCUCAGAGAGAAACCCCCAAAAGAUCACAAGCUCUUUGUUUGCUUC